AUGCCAUUCUCUUCAUAUCCUAUCUAUCUAUGCCAUUCUCUUCAUAUCUAUCUAUCUAUGGCAUUCUCAACAUAUCUAUCUAUCUAUCUAUGGCAUUCUCUUCAUAUCUAUCUAUCUAUCUAUGGCAUUCCCUUCAUAUCUAUCUAUCUAUAUCUAUGGCAUUCUCUUAAUAUCUAUCUAUCUAUCUAUGGCAUUCUCUUCAUAUCUAUCUAUCUAUAUCUAUGGCAUUCUCUUAAUAUCUAUCUAUCUAUCUAUGGCAUUCUCUUCAUAUCUAUCUAUCUAUGGCAUUCCCUUCAUAUCUAUCUAUCUAUAUCUAUGGCAUUCUCUUCAUAUCUAUCUAUCUAUAUCUAUGGCAUUCUCUUCAUAUCUAUCUAUCUAUCUAUGGCAUUCUCUUCAUAUCUAUCUAUCUAUCUAUGGCAUUCCCUUCAUAUUUAUCUAUCUAUAUCUAUGGCAUUCUCUUCAUAUCUAUCUAUCUAUCUAUGA